UAUACAGGUCACAUACAUGCACCUCAUACGCUGUGUACAGGUCUCGCGCACAUCAGUAUUAAACACAAAGACGUCUUAAUAAAUCGGGGUGGCGGCCAUGACCACCUGUGCGUCACAUGAUUAACUGGACGGUUCUCCACAAUCACGUGAUCUGAUGCACCCUUGACGUCAGGACGCUGCGACAGUUCCCUGGUUGCAGUCGGUUUCCGGAUGUUCGAUCGGCUAUGUAUUCGGUCCCUGUCCCCAGACCGGGGACACUGAUCAUACCGGACUGGCUGCAGUCAAGUGACGGCCGGGACUAUCUCACCUGCAUCCUGCGUAAGAAGAAGAGGAGGACGUUCGGGCUGCUCGAAAGGCCGGCUCUCCCCCCACAGCUUCCCGCAGAUCUUGCCAGCUACAAAGUCUUUGUCUGUGGUAAAAGCGGUGUAGGAAAGACGUCCCUUAUCGCUAAACUGUGCGGCUUGGAGGUGCCCACCAUGCACCAUGAAACCACAGGAAUCCAGACGUCCUGCGUGUUUUGGCCGGUGCGCCCCAGGGACAGUGACCGCCCCAUUAUUUUCGCCUUCCAGUUCUGGGAUUGUGGGGAGUCGGCGCUGAAGAAGUUUGAUCACAUUUUGCCUGCCUGUAAGGAAAAAGCCGAUGCCAUCCUCUUCCUCUUCUCCUUCACUGAUCGCUCCUCAUUCGAGGAUGUACCAGCCCUGAUAUCCCGGACCAUGAACCAAGAAGAGAACGCGGCACGCGUGGUGAUUGGCACCAAAUUGGACCAGUUCAUGCACACAGACGUCACAGAGCAGGACAUCAGGGACUUCCAGCAGACGUGGCAGCUGCCAGUCAUGCGGGUGAGGAGCGUCAACGGUCCACGGCUCAGUGAUGGUCGCAGCCUGGACGGAGGGGCAGAACUGGCGGAUGCUGCUCCGGUGCUGAACGGGUUGGCUGAGGUCCUUUGGCACAGAGACCAAAUCACUGCCGGACUGGUUGACAUCGGAGAGUGUAGAUCACAGGAGGAGACUAGUGACCAGCGGUCAUGAUCGCCCAGGUCAUGUGACCCCUGCAAGAUGACCUAUCAUUAAUUUAUUGGUAUUUAAUAGAUUCAUUUAUUUUACGUA